AUGCGUUUCUUCCAAACCCUUGUCGCCCUCCCUCUCAUCGCAGGCGCCGUCGCCAGCCCUCUGGAGACACGAGCUACCCUUGAAAACUGCUCUGAUGAGAGAGCCGAAAUGAUCGACAACGCACUCGCUCGCGCCGCAAAGAUGGCCCACGCCGGUGCCAACCUCAUCCGCAGCGAGUCAGAGUACUCCAACAACCUCUUCCAGAGCUUCUUCAAGACCAGCGAUGCGCAGGCUCGCAACCGCGUCGCCGGUGUCUUGGACAAGAUCGCCACGGAGGCCACGGACGGGAGCAAGGGUGUCGUGAGCUACUAUUGCACUCCGGAUGGCAUCAAAUGCAUUGACAACCACUCUUUCACCAUGACUGCUUAUGGCGAGACGGAUGGAACUUACGGGAGAAUCAGGACUUGCCCUGCGUACUUCACCAAGUUCCCUGCCUCGUCGGACGGCUGUGGUGUUCUGGAUCAGGCUACCUCUAGCUUGCACGAGAUGGCUCAUACCAAGGGCAUCUUUGGUCCUGAGACUUACGGUUAUGAGGAAGUGCACGGGUUGAGCUCUUCUGCCGCUCUUGAGAAUGCUGAGAGCUAUGCUUUCUUCUCCAAGUCUGCUUUCCUCGACUGCGCUGUCACCAACUAA